AUUAAUUUCCCAUUCUAGAGCUUUCAUUGAUAGUAUAACAUCAACAGUAUAAUAUUUUAUCUUCAAGAAUAAUCUUUAACCUUUUUGUUUCUUGUUGAUUCCAUUGUUAUUUUUACCUUUUAAUCGCUAUCAAAUCAAUAUUAUCAUGUUAUUAUUACUAUUAUUGCUUAUCGUUCCAGCUGAGAUUCAUAAUGCUCCAUCCAAAUCAUUUGAUUUAAAUCAAAUUUGGUCUCUUUUCAAGAAUGAAUUUCAAAAGAUUUACAACUCAGAAAGAGAAGAGCGCUAUCGACUAAACAUUUUUGCCCAAAAUUUGGCCACAAUUAACUAUCACAAUGAUAGAGCCGAGAAAGGACUUGAAACAUUUACAAUGGGAAUCAACAAAUUCACUGACAUGUCUUUCAACGAAUUUUCACUCAAAUAUCUUGGAACUCGAUUCCGAAGUAGUUGGUUUUUAGGUGCACCAAUAACUCAUGUUGCCGAUCCUUCAGAAAAUUUACCUAAAUUCCUUGACUGGCGAGAGUCUGGCAUAGUGGGUUCAAUCAAGAAUCAAGGAGCUUGCGGAUCUUGCUGGUCAUUUUCAACAGCCAGCUCAUUGGAGUCAGCUUUGGCACAAGCAACUGGCAACAAAACGACUCUUAGUGAACAAAACUUGAUGGACUGUUCAUGGGCUGAAGGUAAUCUUGGGUGCAACGGAGGUUGGAUGUCUGAUGCUUAUCGAACCGUCAUGCGACUUGGUGGUAUCAAUACUGCCGCUGACUAUCCAUAUACCGCUCGAGAUUCCCUGGUCUGUAAAUAUCAACCAACCAAAGCAGCUGUUAGCCUUAAAAAUUAUGCCUCCGUUGACGGAUUGGAAAACAUGAAAUCCGCUGUCGCACAGAAGAAUGUCGCUGUUGCCAUGGAAGUUGACAAUAAAUUUCAACAUUACAAGAGUGGAGUUUUCUCGUCCAAUGGAUGCAAAAAUACAGCUCGAUCACUUAAUCAUGCCGUUAAUCUGGUUGGCUAUGGUAAAGUCAGUGAAUCGGGUAAAAAUUCAACUCGUGAUGAGCCAAGUGAAAUUGAUUAUUGGAUAUUGAGAAACAGUUGGAGUACUUCAUGGGGUGAAGAUGGAUAUGCAAGAAUCCAAAUGGGCCAAUGUGGAAUCGAAAUGGUUGGAUUUUAUCCAAUCAUCAAGCUACACUUUUAAGCUUCAGUUAUCGGUCAAACCUUUCAUUUGACGAUAAACAAUUUAUGCGAAAAUUUAUUAAGCUUUUAAUCUAUUCCAGGCAUUAUUUACUUGAUUAAUAAAUUAUUGACAAUGUAAAUCUCAUAUAAAUUGUAUUAAUCAAAAUGAGGAGAAAAUAUCAAUUUUCUAACAAUGAAACAACUAAAACUGGGAACUUCCCAAGUCUCUGCAAUGUUUUAUCCACUGUUGAUUGUUGAGUGAUAAUUUUGUUAAUCAGCUAAUUUAUUAAACAAUUAAAGGUUCAAAAGGUUGAUUAGCAA